GCCCGCGAAGCUGUGCACCGUGGUCUACUCGCUUCUCGGGAACAUGCUCAUCAUCAACUCGCUCGGCCUGCUGGACCGCCUCGCGACCGUGCGGUCCAUCGAGCGGCAAAGCGGCGGCGCGGCGGGGUGGGUGCGCGGCCACAAGUACGGGCUCCUGGCCGCGCUGAGCGCGCUCUACGGCGCGACGCUCGUCUUCGCGGGUCUCGUGGCGCGCUACGCGGCGAGGUACGACAAGUUCCUCGAUUGUCUGCUCUUCGCGGUGACGAACUCCAUGACCUGCGGCCUCCUCUACGGACAACCGUCGUCGCGCGACUGGUGGUGGACGACGGCGUCCGUCGUCCUGUCCGUCCCGGCGGCGGCCGCGUGGUGCUCCGAGCUCGCGCACCUCGUCCUUGCGAUGCCGCUCCACAUUCUCACCGCCAUCGCCCUCCUCUCCGCCGCCCACCAGGUCCAGGGCAUCCAGGUCGCGGCCUCGUCGUCGAACCUCGGCGCGCCGGCGUCGGACGCCGAGGCCGCGGCCUCGCUCAAGGACCGCUUCCUCCGCUCGUCGGCGUCGGCGCAGGACCUCGUCGCGGCCAAGGAGCCCGCGCAGCUCGACAAGGUCGCGCACGCCCAGGAGUCGCUCGUCGCGCUCUCCGGCGACUCGCCGUCCUCGGACGCCGAGGCCGCGGCCUCGCUCAAGGGCCGCUUCCUCCGCUCGUCGGCGUCGGCGCAGGACCUCCUCGCGGCCAAUGAGCCCGCGCAGCUCGACAAGGUCGCGCACGCCCAGGAGUCGCUCGUCGCGCUCUCCGGCGACUCGCCGUCCUCGGACGCCGAGGCCGCGGCCUCGCUCAAGGGCCGCUUCCUCCGCUCGUCGGCGUCGGCGCAGGACCUCCUCGCGGCCAAUGAGCCCGCGCAGCUCGACAAGGUCGCGCACGCCCAGGAGUCGCUCGUCGCGCUCUCCGGCGACUCGCCGUCCUCGGACGCCGAGGCCGCGGCCUCGCUCAAGGGCCGCUUCCUCCGCUCGUCGGCGUCGGCGCAGGACCUCCUCGCGGCCAAGGAUCCCGCGCAGCUCGACGACAUCUCGCACGCCCAGGAGUCGCUCGUCGCGCUCUCCGGCGACUCGCCGUCCUCGGACGCCGAGGCCGCGGCCUCGCUCAAGGGCCGCUUCCUCCGCUCGUCGGCGUCGGCGCAGGACCUCCUCGCGGCGGCCAAGGAGCCCGCGCAGCUCGACGACAUCUCGCACGCCCAGGAGUCGCUCGUCGCGCUCUCCGGCGACUCGCCGUCCUCGGACGCCGAGGCCGCGGCCUCGCUCAAGGGCCGCUUCCUCCGCUCGUCGGCGUCGGCGCAGGACCUCCUCGCGGCCAAGGAGCCCGCGCAGCUCGACGACAUCUCGCACGCCCAGGAGUCGCUCGUCGCGCUCUCCGGCGACUCGCCGUCCUCGGACGCCGAGGCCGCGGCCUCGCUCAAGGGCCGCUUCCUCCGCUCGUCGGCGUCGGCGCAGGACCUCCUCGCGGCCAAGGAGCCCGCGCAGCUCGACGAUGUCUCUCAGGGCCAGGAGUCACUCGUCGCGCUAUCCGGCGACUCGUCGUCCUCGGAUGUCGAGGCAGCGGCCUCGCUCGAGAAGCGCUACCUCCGCUCGUCGGCGUCGGAGCAGGACCUCGUCAAGUCCAAGGAGUCCGCGGACUUUGACGACGUCGCGCACGGCCAGGAGUCGCUCGUCGCGACCUCGGCGAUCGAGUUUGAGGAUUCGAUGUCCGAAGAGCAGAGCGCGCGCCGUCUCUCCGACGAUUACUGCGAGGACACGGACAACGGCGCGACGGACCAAGACGGCGACGAUUGCCCCCAAUAUUUCGAAAACUGGUGCGGCAAAUACGAUGAUUCGGACUUCGAUGCGAAUGCCAUGUGCUGCGUUUGCGGCGGCGGGAGCGACUACAGCGACGGCGGGAGCCGCUACAGCCAUUGCGAGACGAUCAAGAUCGCCUACGAGCAGCAAUUGGCUUAUUGGCUCUGA